AUGGCGAUUCGGCUCCAGGAGCCCUACGAGGCUGUCCCUCCAGCCGACUAUGUUAAUCUCCGCGCCCACGCAAAGCUGCGGAUCCGCCACCCCGGCUAUGACGACGCCAACAACGAGCUGCUGAGUCUGGUUGCGGCCGACUGCGCCAGCGGUGGGGAUGAUGGCCUGGGAGUGGGAGGAGAGGAACAACAAGGAAAUCGAGGACAAACGAGAUACGGGAUCCAGUAUCAGCUCGUGCAUGCAGCCUGCGCCAUCGUCGCCGGCAACCGCUUCGACGGCGUCAUCUCCCGACAAAAAGACUGGGACAACGACCACAGCUUGCCCCUCGACCCGGCCGCGCUUCUCCCGACCGGCGACUAUUACUUCCACGUCCCAAAUGAAAGGCAGCCUUUGCUCGGCACUGAAAAUCCUGUGCUCAAUCUUAACCCACCAUAUCCCGUCGUGCCCAAUUUCCGCAGCUGGUCGUUCCCCACGGAUCAGUUCCGGGACUCACCUGCCCUCCGCGCAUGGACAUCGACGACGAUUGCGCCGGCAAGCGACGGCGAUCAGUCAGCCAAGGAGCGAGAUGUUUCCUGCCGUCUUACACACCAUCAUGAAUGUGUCCAAAUGGCGCACAUCGUCCCGACCACCGAGGCCCAUUGGUUCAUGAGCAACGACAUGGGCCGCAUGAGCGUCAAGGACGGCAAAGAUGCUAUCGAAAUCGGCAAUGAAAAUUUGAUCCUACUUCGUGCGGAUGUGCACACCAUUUGGGACCGCUCGGAUUUCAGCAUUGUGCCCAAGAUGGAUACAACAUCAGUAGGGAAAUGGGCCGUUCACGUCCACAAGCUAUCAGGCGAGCUGCACUACCUCUACCACAACCGUCCGAUGCAGUCUCUUAAGGGCAUCAACGGCGAACUUUUGUUCGCUCGUUUCGCCUAUGACAUUUUCCCAAAGCUGCGUGGCUUUUUGCAGCGAGGCGUGAAGCGCUGCUUACUAGUGUCGGGGGAAUCGAAGUCUUACAAAGCCGAGGACUGCGAAACAUUCUGUGAGCACCAGGGACGACAUCGCAGCACGUCGCCGAGAAAGAGCAAGAGCGGUUCUCCGGCCAAAAGACCUCGCACAGAUGACGACGAACACCAGGAGCGGGACAAGCGCGAGACAGACCGCGUGGGCAGUGAGAACGGAGACUCUGCCAUCAGUCUACAAGACUGUAGCGGCUCAUCCGAUGGUCAUGAGUCUGAUGACCCGUACGGAUACAAGCGGCGCGCGGAUCAAGCCGACUUGGAGGAGCAGUUGAGUCGAGGAAGGAAGCGGGUGCGCCGAAAUGAACCAGGUGUCCAUCUCGAUUGAGGUCUUAGCAAAGUCGUUGGAAGGGAAGAAGAAGCGGAGGCGAUGACAAGUGUUGGUGGGGUUCAUGCCGAGGAAUAUACUGGCGUUGGUUGGGAGGCGAUGAAAGGGUCGGCAUUCCCACUCAACGUUAGAAGAUCUUGUUCUAACCUGACCUUGGCCGCCGGAAAAAAUCAACUGGACGAGUUCGAACCGAACAACAAUAUUAUCUCCCUCCCAAAACGGAUGAAAUUGGAUGGAUAAUGUCUCCCUCCCUCAGCCAUCAAUCCCAACUGGAAGGUCAUUGACGUCUC